UCCUGCUCCGUCCCAGUCACCCUGAACUGGUCCCCGGGUUCUCAGCCUGGGAUCUCCCCUUGAGAAAGACCCCAGAGUCCUCAGCAUCUAGCCCGCCCCCCGAGGCAGGGCAUUUAAGGGGUUAAGUCCCCUGGGGCUGGAUUCUGCCUUCCGGCUUUUCCCAGACCCCAGAGCCGGUCCCAGGAGCCCUCGGCCAUCCUGAGCUGGGUAAUGGAGCCUGAGGCAGUGCUGUGGGGCCCGGAUCUUCGGAGUCCUGAACAGAGCGCAAACGAUGUUCACAAAGGUGCGGAGAGUGGGAACGAAGAGGAGAGUCCUCAGCAGGAAAGUUCUGGGGAGGAGAUCAUCUUGGGAGAUCCAGCUCAGAGUCCAGAAUUCAAGGACCCACCAGAGAUGCCCCUGGAGGGGCCCUCCCUGGAUCCCUCCAUCCCUCAGGACCCCCAAGCCUCACUGGGUCACCCCAACUCCUUGGACCACGAGACCCCUCUGGAUCCCCCAGCCUCCGAGGUAGUCCCUGCCCCUUCUGACUGGACCAAGGCCUGUGAGGCCAGUUGGCAGUGGGGGGCCCUUACCACAUGGAACAGUCCUUCUGUGGUCCCAGCCAACGAGCCCAGCCUGCGAGAGCUGGUACAAGGACGCCCAUCUGGGGCUGAGAAGCCUUACAUCUGCAAUGAAUGCGGCAAGAGCUUCAGCCAGUGGUCCAAGCUGCUGCGGCACCAGCGCAUCCACACCGGUGAGCGGCCCAACACCUGCUCCGAGUGCGGCAAGAGCUUCACGCAGAGCUCUCACCUGGUGCAGCACCAGCGCACGCACACGGGCGAGAAGCCCUACAAAUGUCCCGACUGUGGCAAGUGCUUCAGCUGGAGCUCCAACCUGGUUCAGCACCAGCGCACGCACACUGGCGAGAAGCCCUACAAAUGCACCGAGUGUGAGAAGGCCUUCACCCAGAGCACCAACCUCAUCAAGCACCAGCGCUCCCACACAGGUGAGAAACCCUACAAGUGCGGAGAGUGCCGGCGGGCCUUCUACCGCAGCUCAGACCUCAUUCAGCACCAGGCCACCCACACAGGCGAGAAGCCCUACAAGUGCCCCGAGUGCGGCAAGCGCUUUGGCCAGAACCACAACCUCCUCAAGCACCAGAAGAUCCAUGCGGGCGAGAAGCCCUAUCGCUGCACUGAGUGUGGCAAAAGCUUCAUCCAGAGCUCGGAGCUGACCCAACACCAGCGCACACACACCGGUGAGAAGCCCUACGAGUGCCUCGAAUGUGGCAAGAGCUUUGGCCACAGCUCCACCCUCAUCAAGCACCAGCGGACUCACCUCCGUGAGGACCCCUUCAAGUGUCCCGUGUGUGGCAAGACCUUCACCCUGAGUGCCACGCUGCUGCGACACCAGCGCACACACACGGGCGAGCGGCCCUACAAAUGCCCGGAGUGUGGCAAGAGCUUCAGCGUCAGCUCUAACCUCAUUAACCACCAGCGCAUCCACCGCGGCGAGAGGCCCUACAUCUGUGCAGACUGUGGCAAGAGCUUCAUCAUGAGCUCGACCCUCAUCCGCCACCAGCGCAUCCACACGGGGGAGAAGCCCUACAAGUGCUCUGACUGUGGCAAGAGCUUCAUCCGAAGUUCCCACCUCAUCCAGCACCGACGCACUCACACAGGCGAGAAGCCCUACAAGUGCCCCGAGUGCGGCAAGAGCUUCAGUCAGAGUUCAAACCUCAUCACCCACGUGCGAACCCACAUGGACGAGAACCUCUUCGUCUGCUCUGACUGUGGGAAGGCCUUUCUGGAAGCCCACGAGCUGGAGCAGCAUCGGGCCAUCCAUGAGAGGGGGAAGGCCCCAGCCCGCAGAGCUCAGGGUGAUUCUCUGCUGGGCUUUGGGGACCCCGCCCUGCUGACUCCACCGCCUGGAGCCAAACCCCACAAGUGUCUGGUCUGUGGCAAGGGCUUCAACGAUGAGGGCAUCUUCAUGCAGCAUCAAAGGAUCCAUAUUGGAGAGAACCCCUAUAAAAAUUCAGAUGGCCUCAUCGCCCACCCAGCCCCCAAACCACCUCAGUUCCGACCCCCGAGGCUCCCUUUUGGAGGGAAUUCCUAUCCAGGUGCUGCAGAGGGCAGGGCUGAUCCCCCGGGACAGCCCUUUAAGAUGCCUGAUGGGCAGGAGAGCUUCAGCCAGAGACUGGGACUGCUCUCCUCCAAGUCUUAUAUCUGCUCCCACUGUGGAGAGAGCUUCCUGGAUCGCUCUGUGCUCCUCCAGCAUCAGCUCACCCAUGGCAAUGAAAAGCCCUUUCUCUUUCCCGACUAUAGGAUUGGACUUGGGGAGGGGGCUGGGCCCAGUCCCUUCCUUAGUGGGAAACCCUUUAAAUGCCCUGAAUGCAAAAAGAGCUUUGGCCUUAGCUCUGAGCUGCUACAGCACCAGAAAUUCCAUGCAGGCGGGAAACCUCAGAAGAGUUCUGAGCUGGGAAAGAGUUCUUCUGUCCUCCUGGAGCACCUCAAGAGCCCCCUGGGGGCCAGACCCUACAGCUGCUCAGAUUGUGGGGCCUCCUUCCUCGACCGCCUGGUCCUCAUCAGGCACCAGGAGACCCACACCCAGGAAAAGUCCCCCAGACCCGAGGAGCCCCAUCCAGAGCCAGCUACCCUGUCCACAAGUCAGGAAGGUGAAGGGGAGGCCCCAACACCCACAGGAAGUAGUCACCGCGGAGAAGGGGAAACCCCUAAAGCCCUCUUGGGUGAAAAACCCUAUUUGUGCCCUGAGUGUGGAGACGGUUUCACAGAAGUCGCCGGCCUCCUCCUCCAUAGGAGUUGCCACCCAAGCGUCUCCCUCUGAGGAGGGUCUGGAGACCCAGGGGGCCUCUCUCUACUGAGAGGCACACUGGAGU